AUGGCCGAUCCACAACUACGAAAAAGGCGCGGACACGAACCAUACAAUGAGAAUACUAUACCAUCACCAACAUUAGCAGAUGACAACAAAAAGGAACUGCAUUCUCUACGCGCACCACGAUUUGGAAAGUGGAACAAGCAACAUGCUAUGGCAUUGGCGUCUGUCACUGUGUUGAGCAUUAUCACUACCUUUUACAAGAUAUGGCACCCUGCAGAAGUCGUGUUUGACGAGGUUCAUUUUGGCAAGUUUGCAGGCUUUUAUCUCAAGCGUACCUACUUUUUCGACGUACAUCCUCCUCUUGCCAAGCUCAUGUUGGCUGGUAUGGGCUGGUUGAUUGGAUACGAUGGCCACUUUGACUUUGCCAAUAUCGGCGACAGCUAUAUCGAGAACAACGUCCCGUACAUUGGCUUACGAUCGCUCCCCGCUACGUUGAAUGUUCUUUGCGUCGUUCUGUUGUACAACAUUAUGCGUGAAUCUGGAUACGCUGUUCUCACAUGUACCUUAACAGCAAGCAUGUAUCUCUUGGAUAAUUCGGCCGUUGCACAGAAUCGUCUCAUCAUGCUUGACAGUAUGCUGGUAUUCUAUAUGCUCUGCACCGCGUAUAGCUACAUCCGGUUUCGAAAAUACCGAUACCAAGAGUUUACUCGGCCAUGGUGGUUUUGGUUGGCUGCAACAGGUUUCACAAUGGCAAUGACAAUCAGUGUCAAAAUGGUUGGAUUAUUCGUUGUGGCAACAAUUGGAGUAUGUGUCUUGGUGGAUCUAUGGGAUCUUAUGGAUAUUAAGCGUGGUUUGACAAUGAAACACUUCAUGAAACAUUUCAACGCACGCGCACUAUGCUUGAUCGCAUUGCCCACCGCCGUGUACCUCUUUUGGUUUUACGUCCACUUUGCAAUUCUGAAUCAAUCCGGACCCGGAGAUACAUUCAUGAGCUCUUUGUUCCAAGAAACAUUGAAGAACAGUGCCAUCAAGAUGAAAUCGUUGGAUAUCCAUUACUACGAUGUUAUCAAUCUCCAUCAUCCUGGCACAGAGGUGUACCUUCAUUCUCAUGAGCUGAGAUACCCUUUGCGAUAUGAAGAUGGGCGUAUUAGCAGUCAAGGUCAACAGGUUACUGGUGUCAAGGAAGCUGAUGAAAAUUGCUGGUGGCGUGUCAAGCCAACCAAGGAUGUUCCCGAGGAUGGAAAGCGUGUAGCUGUUCGACAUGGCGAUGUUAUUCAGCUUGAGCAUCUUGCCACUGGCACCAAUUUGUUAGCUCACGACGUUGCUUCUCCAUUGAUGUCCACCAACGAAGAGAUCACCACUGUUCCUCAAGAUACAAGAUACAAUGAGACAUUGUUUCAAGUUAUUUUGGAUGAUCACAACAAUGGCAAUAUUUGGUCCACGCACAUGAAAUCGGUGAAGCUCCUACACAUGGAUACCAAGGUGGCAGUAUGGACACGAAACAAGAGCUUGCCGGAUUGGGCUUUGAAGCAGCAGGAUGUGAAUGGAAAUAAGAAUACGCAAGAUCGCACGAAUUUCUGGACAGCCCAUGAGAUUAAAGGAUUGAAUGCUACCGAGAUCAACAUGAACAAGAAAAAGGAGAUCAAGACAAUGCCAUUCCUGCGUAAAUUCAUUGAGCUUCAACUCCGCAUGUUCAAGCAUAACUCGGGAUUGACAAAGCCGCAUCCAUACCAAUCGACCCCCAUUUCUUGGCCAUUCUUGAUUCGUGGUAUCUCCUACUGGUCAAAGAGCAGCACACGUGAACAAAUCUAUAUGACUGGUAAUAUCUUUGGUUGGUGGCUAUCGGUUGGUGCAGUGGCAGUUUACGCUGGUGUGGCUCUCGCUGAUACUCUUGCACGCCGACGAGGCAUUGAGCCUAUUGAUGAACCAUUGCGACAUCGCUUCUUUUCAUCAGGAGGAUUCUUCUUGCUACUUUGGCUAUUCCACUACUUGCCGUUUUUCGCCAUGGGUCGAUCACUCUUUUUACAUCAUUAUCUACCAGCUGCGACUUGCAAUUAUCUUUUGUUGGGUGCCGUUUUCCAAUUCAUGUUCAUUGAUGGCAUCGAUUCACCCGUAUCAGCACUCGAAGGAACUACAAGCACAAAAUAUCGCCAAUUCCAACCACUCGCUAUGCUGGCACAUCCUGCAACCAAAUCGUAUGCGGUGGCAGCCGGCAUUAUCACUUUACAACUAUGCAUGUUUAUCUUUUUAUCACCAUUGACAUACGGUAGUCCUGGUUUGAGCGUGGGACAGGUUCUUCAACGCAAACUUUUGGGUACUUGGGAUUUACAAUUCGGUAAGUAUCAUGCAUGA